AUGUCGGACAAUACCAAGCACAGCAAUGAGUCCCACUUCCCUCGCGCAGGCAUUGCUCAGGACGGAUGGUCGAACUCGGAGGAAGCAACGGCAACCUGCUUCUGCGGGGCGGUUCAGCUGGCCUUCCCUCUGAAGAAGCCGGGCUAUGUUGGUUCGUUCGUGUGCAACUGCGUCGAUUGUCGCAAGAUCACGGCUUCCAUGUUUGCGUCCAACUUUAUCGUCAAAGACUCGCAUCUGCGGCACCUGCGAGGCCAGGACAACCUCUCGCACUGGGGUCAAGCGGAAACGAUUGCAACAGGGUACAAGAUGACCAACUACUUCUGCAAGACAUGCGGCUCGCUGCUGUACCGCGUUGGCGAAGGAUUCCCGGGCUUCAGCAUUCUCCGACUCGGAACGGUGGAUGACUUCAGCCUGGUCGAGACCGUUCUCAAGCCUGGUGUCGAGCAAUUCGCCAAGGACCGCGUCGGUUGGUUGCACGGAGCGCAAGGCAUCAAGCAAGUCGAAGGCGCCUUCUACGGCACAGAGAAGAAACCAAAACUAUAG